AUGCUUAAAACACACACUUUUUCGCCUUUAGCGCAGCAGCAGCAGCAGCAACAACACCAGCAGCAGCAAGAACAGCUGCAGCAGCAACAACAACAACUGCAGCAGCAACAGCAAAAACAGCAUCAACAGAAGAGAAGCAGAACCACCACCAGAAGAGGCCUGUAUACAACAGCAGCAGCAGCAGCAGCAGCAGCAGUGACAGCAGCAGCAGCAGCAGCAGCAGCAACAGCAGUAAUAAGAAGAGCGAGAAGUCAGCAGCAGCAACAACAACAACAGCAGCAGCAGCAGCAACAAGAACAGCAGCAGCAGAAACAGCAGCAAAAGCAACAACAACAGCAGCAGCAACAACAACAACAACAGCAGCAGCAACCGCAACAACGACAGCAGCAACAGCAACAACAACAACAACGGCAGCAGCAACAACAACAACAACAGCAGCAGCAGCAACAGCAGCAACAGCAGCAACAACAACAGCAGCAGCAGCAGCAACAGCAGCAGCAGCAGCAGCAGCAGCACAAGUACCCUGAGAAGGAGAUCUGCUACUUUUGA